CGACUCAGGUCAAUGAAAUGUUUAAAUGACAAGUUUUGAUACUCAAAGCGCUUUGCACAUGCUGAUUAACAACAGAGGGAGGCAAAAUUCGAUGAUAACAAAACCAUUUUGGUUCUUCAAUUUCAACACCUCACUAAGCUGAUAUAAUCUGGGAAGCGCACACAGCCAGCACAAGAAACCUAACUUACCUGCUCCUAGACUUUCAGAUGGCAGAAGAGGGCGCCACUGAUGAUGUUGACAGUACUGAGUCUCUGGGAGAUAGUGAGGAGGCAAUAGUUAAAAUGUACGAGGAGAUGUUUGCCGACCGGUAUUCCGCAACGGAUGACAGCUACCAGGAUGUUCUUCAGUCCACUAAACCUCCUCCCCCGUGUGUGAAGAACUGGUUCCCGAAACAGAAUCGAAACUUCGACCGCAAUAGAGGAGGAGGUGGAAGAGGGUAUCACCAGCGUGGUAACUAUGGUAACAGAAACUACGGUAACCAGCAACAUGGUAGAUAUGAAAAUGACAGACACUCUGAAGGCCAUAGAGACCAAGGUCGUUAUGGCCACCACCAAGGUCAUGGUCAACACAGACAUGAUCGGAGAUACCAACCCUACUAAAGAUUGUGUCUGUGAUGUCGAGGAUCAUACAACUUUUGUGUUCGGUUCAUCGUGUGAUGUUCACUGUGUUGAUAAUUUCGAAACUCAAGAUUCUCCUACCCAUUUAUCACCAUUCAUUUCCACAUUGUUUUGUGUUGCACAAGUAGAUCUUGGUUCAGUUCAUGAUUUUGACGUCAUUUUGGGGUUUCUUACCCAUGAUGAUUUUGAUGUCAUUUUGGGGUUUCUUACCCAUGAUGAUUUUGGGUUCUCAAAAUUAUCUAAUGCAAAGUUUAGUCUGAAAAUAUUGUCAUUAAAUGUGCAAUAAGAUUAAACAUAACCCAUUUGAAA